AUGGUCGCCGUCACCGCCCAGAAGGAGCCCCAGCCAGCCACGAUUCGUCUCCACUACCCUCAGCUCCGAGACGAUCCAGUGUCGGUCUCGUCUCAGAUCCAGCAAGCCUUCGGGUCCGACGAAGGAAGCUUAGGGAUAGUGGUCAUCGACGAUCUCCCCGCCGAGUUCCCUGAGCUGCGGAAAUCACUGUUCCACCUGAUUCAUCGUCUGGGUAGUCUGCCGCCGGAUGAGCGCGAGAAGCUAGCCAGGCCAGAGACGUCAUACUUCUUUGGGUGGAGUCAUGGGAAGGAGGUCAUGAAUGGUAGACCAGACACUCAGAAAGGCUCUUUCUACGUCAAUCCCCUACUUGACUACCCAGAUGUUAGCGAUGAGAAACGGCAGGCACAUCCCGAGUACUAUGCUGGAAACGUCUGGCCGACCGGCAUGUCGGGCUUGGACGACUUUGAGCCGACCUGCAAAGCAUUGGGCAAGAUAAUGUACGACGUCGGUCUGGCCCUGGCGCGGGCGUGUCAGCCUUUCGGUGACACCUCCCUCGCCUCAUCGCAGAUCAAUGUGGAGUCGCUCAUAUCGUCGUCGCAGAGCAAUAAGGCCCGAUUGCUGCACUACUAUCCCGUGCCCGAGGCCACCGACAGGGAUGAACAACUCGCGCAAGACUCGCUUUGCGGGACUCAUAUCGAUCACUCUCUGCUCACCGGUCUAUGCUCCGCCAUGUACCUUAGCCAGGCUGCCAGCAGGCAGCCAUCGGAAGUCCCGGCUCCGACCUCUGCAGCGGGCCUGUACAUUCAUCCUAGACCACCAAAGGGGUCGACUGAGAAGGCGCCGGCUAUCAAGGUGGCUAUACCCAAAGACUGCCUCGCCUUUCAGAUCGGCGAAGCUCUCGAACUUCUAACUAAUGGCCGUCUGGCAGCCACGCCCCACUUUGUCAGUGGUAGUCCUGCAGCGUCAGGCGGGUCGAGUGAAGAGGUGUCGAGAGAGACCUUCGCUUUCUUCUUACAACCCGAUGUAGACGAUGUGAUCGGACGGGAUGGGGAGACGUUUGGGGCAUUCACAAAGCGGAUUAUAGGGCGGCAUUAUGCGGCGGAGCAAGUACUAGAAGAGGCGGAGAACUGA